AACGUAUGCAGCCUAACCGCAUAUAUGGUUUAGUUUCUAGCUUGUGGGUCUGGUGUCAAGCAAAUUCAGAGGUGUUAGGGAGUCAUAUGACAAUUAAAUACCAUUCUGAAAGGAUUUUUUGAAGGUUUGAGAUUACAAUUUUCCAGGAAAAAGAGCAUCCAUCUUAAAAAUUUGACAUUCGAAUUAAUUUGAAAGUACUUGUUCUAACCAAAAGCAUUAAAAAUAAAGCAGAAAGUUUCAAAUGAUUCAUGGAGUUAACUAAAUUGUCUCAAUAAGUUAAAUGAGGUUGAAUCUAUUGGAUUGACCUAUCAUGCUCUCACUGAGUACUUCGACACAUUAGUAAGAUUCUCUGCCAUUCAAAAUUUUAGUAUUUCCCAUAAACGUCUUUUCUUGACAUGAAUAUAGCUCAUAGAAUUAUGAAUGCUAGGAAUCUUUUAUUGAUCUGGAUAUGAAACCUUUGAAGAAGAUGAAACUUUACUAUGAACGGGACUAGCAGAUAGUCAGCUGCUACUCUCAGAUAGUCAGCUGCUACUCUCAGAUGUAGAAAAGAGAGGAUGAUUCAGGAAAGGCUGCAAGCUUUGGGGGUUAAGGAAUUGCAUGUGGAGAUCAAUCCAACCCUGUGAAGAUGCUUCUCAUGCUAGAGACCCUUCUGGACUAUCUUUAUGCAGCAAAAGCCAUCCGGAUGCUACAGAAUGUCAGAUGUCGAAGAGAAAACUCCUGAUAAACAACUCCCCUUUUUGGUCUGAAGCAACCAUGAAUUAAAUGGUUCCAAGUCAUUGGGCUUAAUAUGUCUAUUCGUUGUGUCAGAUCACGCUGUGAAGUUGGUUUUUCAUUACAUGUGGUCUUCUCAACUGGUUUAGUAAUGAUUUCCUAGUUCCACUGCCAAAUGGAAUGGCAUUUACUGUUUGUGUUGGCUAAGGGAAGAAGGCAGUGGAGAUACAUUGCGGUUGGUGGCACGAGGGAUCUGUCGGUGGUUCCAGUACUAGCAAGGGCUACAUGCUAAAACCCAACGGGGUUCAACUGUAAUUGCACCUCAGCAAAUUUCAUCCCUAAUCUCCCGUGGAAAUCCCCAGAAUCUAAAAUGCUGCUCGAUUACUUGAGUUCUUAUCAGCAAUGAGAGCCUUCUUCCAGAUGGAGAAAGAAUGCUUCCAAUGAGGUCGAUCAUUUCGGAAUGGCCUUAAAUCUCAGGAAAAUGAUUUAUUGGUCAAUAUGAGUUUGAUUCUUUUCUGCAAGUAAUUCAGAAACUACCCAUACAAACCGUACUCAAGAGUCAUUUUACAACUGAAAUUCAGUGAACUCAAGAUCAAUCCACUGAUUCAUGGGAUGCACCCUGUUCCUUUCAGAUUCGUCGGCAGCUCUCUCUCUCUCUCUCUCUCUCUCUCUCUCUCUCUCUCCUCCAUGGUUGUGUGGUGGUUGAGACUCUGAUCCUCAGGAGAGAAGUUAUCUCACUUAGACCAUCAUUAUUGUGGUUUCAGAUCUGGGUUGUUUGGCCCUCGAAUCAGAUCAGCCUGGGCAACGCAUUUGUUGAUUCUCCAUCAGCGGUGGUGGCACCAGACAUGAGUGACUAUGGUAGGACGAAGCAACGUGGAUGGAGGUGGUGUUAGAGCUAAAAGAUGCGGACGAUUGGAUUUAUAGAGGGGAAGGAGCUGCCAAUCUUGUUCUUGCUUACUCCGGAUCCUCUCCUACGUUUGUUGGAAAGGUACUACGCAUACAAAAGGCUCCUAGGAUUGAAUCUCCCCGAAACGGAUAUGAUAGUGAGGAUAGUCAUUCAGCUCUGACGAAUGAUGAGUGCCUUCUGUGGAGAGAAACUGAAGACCUUGUAUCCGCACCAACCAGGGAAAUAGCAGAGCAACUGUAUGUACAGCAUGUUAUCAGUCCACUGUUAGGUUAUGACCAUGUUGAUGCUGGGAAUCGUGUCUUUUUGUCCAAGGAAUUUCUCAAGGCGGUUGAAAAGAAUAUCCUUUCCCAGCGUCCUUCUCAGCGAGUUGAUGCAGCCAUGGUCAACGCUCAAUGUGAUUUUGCGCUUCUUAUGUCUGAUCAUUCAGUUUUUCCGUAUGGUAAUCUCCAAGGGAAAUUCUGCAUAUCUGUUGAGAUAAAGAUAUCAGAAAUAAGCGAAUACAAUCCACUGGAUUUGUUCUCUGGAUCCAAGGACAGAAUGCAUAAAGCAAUCAAGGCUCUGUUUGUUACCCCUCAGAACAAUUUUCGUGUUUUCUUGAAUGGUUCUCUCAUACUUGGGGGCUUGGGUGGUGGGGCAGACAGUACUAGUUGUAUGAUUGGUAAAGCAUUUGAGAAUGUACUCAAUGGGGUUAUUCAGGCAGACGGUUGCCAACGAACAUUGAAUUUCUUGCAUCUUGUUACUGAAGCUAUUUCCGGAUCAGGGUUACUGGAUCAGCUUCUCGAAGUCCAGAAGCUUGAUAACAUUGACAUAGAAGGGGCAAUUCAUGCAUAUUACAAUUUAGUUUGUCAGCCUUGUAUUGCAUGUAGAGAUCUGGGUGGUGAAAAACUGUCAGCUAGAUAUACAAAUUUGCACUCAAUGUCUUCGGACGAGAGCUUAAAGAUUGUGAGGGACUAUUUGAUAGCUGCAACUGCGAAGGACUUGAGCUUGAUGAUCAGUUUUAGAACCAGGGAAGAUCGGGAUGUGGAACUCCACAUAAUGGUGUAUUUCUCGACUCAACCAACCAAAGUUUUGAUACAACGUAUGCAGCCUAACCGCAUAUAUGGUUUAGUUUCUAGCUUGUGGGUCUGGUGUCAAGCAAAUUCAGAGGUGUUAGGGAGUCAUAUGACAAUUAAAUACCAUUCUGAAAGGAUUUUUUGAAGGUUUGAGAUUACAAUUUUCCAGGAAAGAGAGCAUCCAUCUUAAAAAUUUGACAUUCGAAUUAAUUUGAAACUACUUGUUCUAACCAAAAGCAUUAAAAAUAAAGCAGAAAGUUUCAAAUGAUUUAUGGAGUUUACUAAAUUGUCUCAAUAAGUUAAAUGAGGUUGAAUCUAUUGGAUUGACCUAUCAUGCUCUCACUGAGUACUUCGACACAUUAGUAAGAUUCUCUGCCAUUCAAAAUUUUAGUAUUUCCCAUAAACAUCUUUUCUUGACAUGAAUAUAGCUCAUAGAAUUAUGAAUGCUAGGAAUCUUUUAUUGAUCUGGAUAUGAAACCUUUGAAGAAGAUGGAACUUUACUAUGAACGGGACCAGCAGAUAGUCAGCUGCUACUCUCAGAUGUAGAAAAGAGAGGAUGAUUCAGGAAAGGCUGCAAGCUUUGGGGGUUAAGGAAUUGCAUGUGGAGAUCAAUCCAACCCUGUGAAGAUGCUUCUCAUGCUAGAGACCCUUCUGGACUAUCAUUAUGCAAAAACCAUCUGGAUGCUCCAAAAUGCCAGAUGUCGAGAGAAACCUUCUGAUAGACAUCUCCCUUUUUUGGUCUGAAGCGACCAUGAUUUAAAUGGUUCCAAGUCAUUGGGCUUAAUACGGCUAUUUGUUCUGUCAGGUCACACCGUGAAGUUGGUUUUUCAUUACAUGUGGUCUUCUCAACUGGUUUAGUAAUGAUUUCCUUGUUCCACUGCCAAAUGGAAUGGCAUUUACUGUUUGUGUUGGCUAAGGGUAGAAGGCAAUGGAGACACAUUGCGGUUGGUGGCAUGAGGGAUCUGUCGGUGGUUCCAGUACUAGCAAGGGCUACAUGCUAAGCUGUUUAAAAAAAAAGGGCUACAUACUAAAAUCCAACGGGGUUCAACUUUAAUUGCACCUCAGUAAAUUUCAUCCCUUAUCUAUCGUGGAAAUUCCCGGAAACGAAAAUGCUGCUCGAUUACUUGAGUUCUUAUCAGCAAUGAGAGACCUCUUCCAGAUGGAGAAAGAAAGCUUCCAAUGAGGUCCAUCAUUUCGACAUGGCCUUAAAUCUCGGAAAAGGAUUUAUUGGUCAAUAUGAGUUUGAUUCUUUUCUGCAUGUAAUUCCGAAACUCCCCAUACAACCCCUACUCAAGCGUCAUUUAACAACUGAAAUUCAGUGAACUUGAUCAAUCCACUAAUUCAUGGGAUGGACCCAAUUCCCUUCAGAUUCGUCUUCAAAAAUCAGUAGCAAAAUUUCAGAGAAAGGCCCGGUUUAGAGAGAGGUCAGAGCUUCUCUCUUUAUAGAAGAGUGGCUACCU